UUGUUAUUUCGCUAGUUUACACUACUGUACUGUGUUAUGUAAUAUGUUUUGUCCAUUUUGUGGCGUUUCCAUAGUUCAGCAGGCAUUAUUUUGCCAGAGCUGUGGAAAAUCUGUAACUUUUCUGCCGCAAGAAUUAAAAGACGCUGUUGGGUCUUCAGUGGAAAAAUCAGAAACAACCCACAGAGGCAAGUAUCAAGCCAGGGAGUGUCGUUUGCGUAAACUUUAUCGCGGUUUCUUAAUCAACAUUCUCUUUGACUCUGAUUAAAUGCAGAGACAGGGACAACCCUACAGGAGUUCCUGAGAUUUCGAAGCUUAAAACAAAGUGAGCGGCUUCAGACAUCAGUCAAGCGAAGAAUUACUAAAAAUGUUCAGGUUAAUGUGGGUAUCAUGAGUGUCCAUGAUAAAAUACUUAAAAAGGAAAGAGGAAAAACAUUGCCAUUAGUGAUUUCAUCAGAAAGUUCUGCACAACAGCUACUUCAGGCAGCAGAAGCAAAGCUUAAGACAUUUCAUCAUCUUCCUAAUAUUUCAUAUGUUAUUCUCCAUUCUGAUGGAUUAGAAGUGGAUAAGGUUCCUGGAUCUGAAGAGAGUUUUACUAUUCAAUCAUUCAAAGAUGCAAUUGGAAAGCCCUUCAACAGGUUAACAUUUUUCAUCUGUGCAGAGAAAGACUACAAAACACUCCGUCAAGGGGAUGAGACUGAUAAUGAAGUUAUUAUUCAUCCAAGAUGGAGCAUGAAUAGAGACAACUUAGAAGACACCUUGCCAUUAUGUCAUAGUUCACCAAGAGAGGAAUCUAAGCCUGACCAACAAAAGAUUUCAGUCCCAAUUAGUGAAAAGCAAUUAGACAAAUGCACCACAGAAACAUCCACAAGUUCAUCAUCCCUGACCGGGUCACAGUGCUACAGCAACUACGUAGACUUUUAUUCACCCAUUGUCAUUGAGGACAAGGAAAGCUCCUCUGAAGAAGAGUCUGAAAACAUAGUAAGUAUUAAAGAUCCAUCAGUUGAUGUGAAAGCAAUUUUGUCUGAUCUGGCCAUGCAAAUACUACCUAAUAAAGUUUCCAGAUUCAAUAUAAACAGAGGAGAUCUUUGGGAAGGAGCCCUGCGUGGAUUUAAGAGACAGUCCUAUGAUCCGACUUACACAAUGCUGGUGAAAUUUACAGAUGAUUACGGUAUAAAUGAAGAUGGAAUUGAUGCAGGUGGCCCAAAAAGGGAAUUUCUACAGUUGUUGAUGUGUCACAUAAAAGGACACAGUUUACUUGAAGGGAAAGAGAAUGAGAAAUUUUUGCGAUGUGACAGUACAGGACUUGCCAAGGAUGAGUAUUACAUCAUUGGAAGAGUAAUUGCUGUGUCACUUGUCCAUGGUGGCCCUGCUCCACACUUUUUCUCCAGACAUUUUGUAGAAUACAUCUGUGGUAAAACAGAUGUUUCACCAUCUAUUGAAGAUGUCACAGAUCCAGACAUUCAGAAUGUGCUUCAGGAGAUAGUGUCAUCCACAUCUUUGUCAAUCCUGAGAGACAUCAUGGCAAAACACAGCACAGUACUCCUUUUGGCUGGAUGUCUUCAUAGCAUAAAAGACAUCGGAGAGAGAGAAAGUGUUGUGCAAGAUUUUUUAAAAUGGUACUUCUUUUCAAGAAAUGCUGCAUGCAUUGAAAGAUUCAAAGAUGGAUUGUCAACCCUCGAUGUGCUUCAGAAAAUUCUAGAAAGUCCAUCAGCGUUUGAACCUUAUUUGUGCUUCAGUACUCAAAAUCUCAGCUCUGAGCUGGUUGAAAGCAUCUUCAGAGUUGAAUUUAGUGUGGCGGGUAGCAACAAGAGACGCGAAGAAGGAAGGAUAGCAUCUUACUGGGCAGAUUAUCUACUAGAUAUUGAAGGUAACAUCUCUUCUACAGAUCCAACUUUAGAAGAUAUUGUCAUGUUUGCAACAGGACUGAAGAUGAUUCCACCACUGGGAUUUGAGCCAAGGCCAACAAUAAAAUUCCUGCAUGAUAAUUCCCCGUUUCCAACUGCCAACACUUGCAGCAAUACAUUAUGCUUGCCACUACAUUCAUCAUAUGACAGUUUCAAAUUUCAUAUUAGCUUUGGAAUUUUGAAUUCUCCAGGCUUUGGGCUUUAUUGA